GCGACAUCUCAAAGAGCAACAUGCACGUACAAUGUGCUCGUUAAAUAUAGUUUUGAGAUUCUGAUCUGUGAAAAUGAGUUGGACGUUCUCCAUCUGGGUGGCGGCGGCUCUGAUGGCUCUAUCUAGAGGACAAAACAUUGGCUAUGAAGGAAAUAGUCUGUCUCCAUCUGGCUACCAUCUUUGUAUUCACAACGAGACAAGGAUUGUGAGUUACCUGGUGAUGCACAAGGCUCCUUAUACUGUGACAAACAUUUGUGGCGGCUGGCUCCUCUGGAAAACAUGUGAAGUGACUGUCUACAAGAUGGUUCCUCAGACAGAACACAAGACAGUGGCGGAGCUGGUCACCAAGUGCUGCGAUGGCUACGUACAAGUCGGUCGCUACUGCGCCCUGCCUGUAAACAGGACAGGAGAGCUCCUCGCCAAGCCAGGCUCAUGUCCAACUGCAGAUGUACUUUGUCCCAUAGCAGAGGACUGUGUGUGGGACAUGGACUGCCCAGGUUGGCAGAAAUGCUGCCAGAGACUGGGUCUCUCUUUCUGCAGUCAACCUUCAAGCUCAGCUAAUCAUUCUGUGAAUGGAGGAUACCGAUGGAAUGCAACAGUCACGGUGAAGACAGAUCACCAGCAACUGUUGUCCCAGGAUAAAGGACUUCUGAAUCACACACGAUUACUACAUGCAAUGGUGACUGGAGCUUUGCAGCCUGAUGAGGUUUCAGUCCGUUACCUCAGCUCGUGGCCUGUGCAUCCAUACAGGACUGCAACGUCACUGCUGAUCGUCUGCAGCUCCACUCUGUCACUGCACAGUGUCACAUCAAAGCUGCAUCUGCUCCUGAAACACAUACAAGAGGUGACAUCUGUAACAGUGGAAGACGUAGAUGAGUGUGUGCAGUCUACCCUCCAUCAGUGCUCCCCUCAAGCACAGUGUAACAACACAGUGGGAUCCUACUUGUGUACCUGUCACCAAGGAUACAUCGAUGUUGAGCCUAGUAACCCUGGAGCCAAUUGUACAGCUGGUGUUGGUAUGUGGACCAGCACAGAGACCCCGCUGACCCACCUUUCACCCAUGACCACAACCUACACUCCAGCCCCCAACACCACACAGGAGCCUCCAGACAGCAGCACCACUGUUACCCACAACUCCUCUGAGAUCAGCAUGACUACAGCUCUGAGUUAUACAAGCUCUGUCCCUUAUAAUUCAUCACAUGCUCUGCAGUGGAUGAGCUCUGCACCUUAUAUCAGCAAGAACUCAACUGAGGAGUUACCUCUGCCGACAAGCACAUGCUCUCCUCCCAGCAUCACCACCUUAACGUUGUUUAACGUUACUGGAACCUCCCUCUGUGUGUUCUGGUCCAGCCAGUUUCAGACAAACCAGACCUACCGGGUUGUUCUGAGGAAGGGGUCAGAGGUCAUUCACCCUUUGGAAACUCAUCAGACCAUGAUGGAGGUGAGGGGACUGCAGCCUGGGGGGCUCUACAACAUCACUGUCACUCCUAGGGCCUGCGGAAGAGAAGGGGUCUCCCAACAUGUAUUGGCCAAGACAGAUGCUCAGACUCUUGACGCCACAACUCGCCUCACCAACAUCAACUUCACUGAUGACCUGCACAACUCCAGCAGCCAGGCCUACAAAAACCUCACUGCCAGUAUCAUAGAGGAGAUCUACCAGUCUCUGUCUGAGGAAAUGAAGCUCUUGGUGAGGAUUGAGAUAAGGAGCUUUUCAGCGGGCAGUGUGGUGGUCAACUUCGUCCUCACCCUCAUCCUCACCCCAAGCCAAAGCCAAGACAUCAAUAAUGUGUCCCUGGCUCUGCUAAACUCCCUGAUGAACAGCUCCAAAUACACUGUGGAUAGAAACAGCACAAGCAUAACUGAUUUUAAUGAAUGUGAAUCAGGGGAAAACGACUGUUCCCAAUGGGCUACAUGUAAGAACACCAAUGGCUCUUACACGUGUGUUUGCAAGGAAGCGUUUACAGACAACAACCCAGACAGGCCUGGGCGAGCCUGUCAAGCAAAUGCAUCCUCGGAGACAAUCACACCAUCACCAAUACCUGCAAUACUCUCUACAGCUGGCACAGCCCCCCUAUCUCUAACGACGGCCAGGGAUCCAACUUUAACCACAGUAACAACCACUCCAAACAUAACCACUGUGAUCAUAUCAACAAGUGAAAUGGUUUCUACUGCCACUACUCCUGCAAUGACAACCACUACUAACCCCCCAACAACAACCACUGCUGCACCAACUACCACUACAGCUGCUACAACAACCACUACUGCCCUAACAACCACUACUACUGCCACAACAGUCAUCACUACAAACUCAACAACCACAAAUAGUCCCCCAACAACCACGACUACUGCCCCAACAACCACCACUACUGCCCCAACAACCACCACUACUGCCCCAAUAACCAUGACGACUGCCCCAACAACCAUCACUACUGCCCAAACAACCAUCACUACUGCACCAAUAACCAUGACGACUGCCCCAACAACCAUCACUGCUGCCCCAAUAACCAUGACUACUGCCCCAACAACCAUCGCUACUGCCCCAACAACCACCACUACUGCCCCAAUAACCAUGACGACUGCCCCAACAACCAUCACUACUGCCCCAAUAACCAUGACUACUGCCCCAACAACCAUCACUACUGCCCCAAUAACCAUGACUACUGCCCCAACACCCAUCACUACUGCCCCAAUAACCAUGACUACUGCCCCAACAACCAUCACUACUGCCCCAACAACCAUCACUACUGCCCCAACAACCAUCAAUACUACAAAAACAUCCAUAACUUCUACUCCUGCAGCCACUGUUACCAACACAACUGCUGCUGCUGCUACAACCACUGCUUUGGCCCAGAGAACCCACUCUGUGCAAGGGGCCAUCUCAGUGCAGUGCAGGGUCACUUCCAUCACCGUAACAGUUUCCAGAGAAUUUCUUCUGACCACCAAAAUCAAUGAGAGCGCCCUGUACUUGGGCUUGCAGGAAUGCGGCGUCAACGGAGGCAAUGCCACCCAUGCCCAGCUGACCGUGGCCUGGAAUGAGUGCGCCACUAUACUUACACAUAAUGAAACCCACUACACAGUGUCUGUGACCCUGUUCAACUCCAUGGAUCCAAACAUCCCACCCAGAGUUCGGCUGGAGGUUCCCAUCAUGUGUCCCUACAUGAAGAGCAUGCUUAUCUCUGCUGAUUUUGGCUCUAUGGGGUAUGACAUUAUCAACGAUAUCAUUAUGGGCCUGGGGUCGUUCCAGGUGACGGUACGGUUGAUGAAUGGGACAGUCCCUCUGCCACACAACUACAGCUUGUCGUCUGAGGACUCGGUGGUGGUGGAGGUCAGCCUGAACACCUCCUCAGAGCAGAUUAAAGUAGUCAUCAACAAGUGCUGGGCUACUCCCACCCUGAAUCCUGCAGAUACCCAAAGCUACCCCUUCAUUGAGAACAGCUGCUCCCUUAACACGUACACCGACGUGUUGAUGAACGGGAACUACAGCACAUCUCGAGUGUCUGUGCAGAUUUUCUCCUUCGUCAACCUGGACGUGAUCUAUCUGCACUGCCAGGUCUACAUCUGUGUCCAGAGAGGAUCAGACACCUGUGUGCCUGACUGUCUGCAGAGAACAUCUCGAUCUAUGAACAGACUGGGAACAUCUCACGGUUCCACUGGACCUCUACAAAGACUUUUUGAUUACAACUUGGACCAGGAGUUUGACACUGUUCAUAUAAUCGGCUUCUCCUGUCUCGGAGUCGGCCUGAUGGUCUUCUUCCUCUUUGGCUUUGUCUGCCUUUUCUACUACCAGAGGAACCGCAUCGGACACUACAACUUCAGUGUCAAACCCAAGCCGGAGAACUUCACCUACCUUGUCUUCAACACCUAAGGGUGCAGCAGCAGCAGCACCCCCCACAAAGAAAAGUCUCAG